CAUCCCUCCAGGAACCCAGGCGGGUCAGAGCCAGGGCAGGCCAGCCAGGCGGACCCACUGUCCCCACGGAGGGGUGGCACCAUGCAGUCUCUGGCUAGAAUACCAGGCUUGGCCUAGAGCCCAACGGGGCUGGCUGCAGGACCUCGCUAACACUCAAGAGGGCCCAGGCUGGGUGGCCGCACCUGUCUGCAGCAGCAUGCACGCCGACUGCUGUCUCAAGCCUCCUCUGUCCCGAGGCCAGAAAUGACACCCAAUGGCACCUGGGAGGUGCCCAGCCCCAUUCCCACGGGGACCCUGGGGCUCUCCCUGGCCCUGGCAAGCCUCAUCGUCGCUGCCAACCUGUUCCUGGCCCUGGGCAUCGUCUGGGACCGGCACCUGCGCACCCCUCCUGCCGGCUGCUUCUUCCUGAGCCUGCUGCUGGCUGGGCUGCUCACAGGGUUGGCUCUGCCCAUGCUGCCAGGGCUAUGGAGCCAGAGCCGCCGGGGCUACUGGUCCUGCCUCCUCCUCUACUUGGCUCCCAACUUCUCCUUCCUCUCCCUGUUGGCCAACCUCCUGCUGGUGCACGGGGAGCGCUACAUAGCAGUGCUGCGGCCUCUGCGGCCCCAGGGUAGCACUCGGCUGGCCCUGCUCCUCACCUGGGCUGGCCCCUUGCUCUUUGCCAGCCUGCCUGCUCUGGGGUGGAACCACUGGACGCCUGGUGCCAACUGCAGCUCCCAGACUGUCUUCCCAGCCCCGUAUCUCUACCUCGAAGUCUACGGGCUCCUGCUACCUGCCGUGGGUGCUGCUGCCCUCCUCUCUGCCCGUCUGUUGGCUGCUGCCCACCGCCAGCUGCAGGAAAUCCGCCGGUUGGAGCGGGCAGUGUGCCGCGACGCGCCCUCAGCACUAGCCCGGGCCCUUACCUGGAGGCAGGCCAGGGCACAGGCUGGGGCCACGCUGCUGUUCGGGCUGUGCUGGGGGCCCUAUGUGGCCACCCUGCUCCUGUCAGUCCUGGCCUAUGAGCAGCGACCCCCGCUGGGGCCUGGGACUCUGCUGUCCCUCCUCUCCCUGGGCAGUGCCAGCGCAGCAGCCGUACCUGUGGCCAUGGGGCUAGGGGAUCAGCGAGACACAGCCCCCUGGAGGGCAGCCGCUCGCAAGUGGCUGCGGGCACUGAGGGGAAGAGCCUCCUGGGGCAGUCCGGGCCCCAGCACCGCCUACCACACCAGCAGCCAAAGCAGUGUCCACCUGGACUUGAACUAGGGGGAGGGCUGCUGCGGACUCCCAGCAGACGCAUCAUCCAUCUCAGCCACUAAGUCCCUCUGCAUCAUCCCCCACAUCUCAGGAUGAGACACCCUGCUCCUCAGACCCACCCUGAGUGAAUAAAGCUCUGGUUUGUGGUUA